UUCUACAAAAUUCCAACUUGCCCUAGCUUAUAAAUACUCAUCGAACUAACUCUCUCUACUACUAUAAUUGAGUAUAUAUAUAGAGCUUCAUUAUAUUGUCUCUUCCUCAUCUUUAAUAUCUUCUAUAUAUAUAUUUUGUUUUUUUCACUUAUCAUCAUAUAUAUAAUGUCAAGGUCAGUCAUACAAACUUUAAGUGUGGCAAGAGUAAUAGGAGAUGUGGUAGACAAUUUUAAUCCUAGUGUAAAAAUGACUGUCAUUUAUAACCCUGAUAAACAAGUUUGUAAUGGCUACGAGUUCAUGCCUUCUAAUAUUCUGUCCAAACCUCGAGUCGAGAUUGGUGGAGAAGAUAUGAGAGCAUCUUAUACACUUAUUAUGGUAGAUCCAGAUGCUCCAAGUCCUAGUGAUCCCUACUUAAAAGAACACCUUCACUGGAUUGUCACAGACAUUCCUGGUACAACUGAUGUAUCAUUUGGAAAAGAAAUUAUGAGUUAUGAAGCUCCAAAGCCGGUGGUGGGGAUUCAUAGGUUUGUGUUCAUCUUAUUCAAGCAAAGAGGAAGACAAACUGUGAGAGCUCCAGCUGUGAGAGACUGUUUUAACACAAGGACAUUUUCAGAAGACAACAAUCUGGGCCUCCCAGUUGCUAUAGUAUACUUCAAUGCACAAAGAGAAACUGCGGCUAGAUCAAGAAGAAACAGUUAAUUAAUAAUCCGCGGCAAUGGCAUAUUAAGAAAGAGAAAAAAUAGUUUUCUUUUUCCUUGGUCAAUCUUUAAAGAGUGUCUUAAGUCAAAAUUAUCAACAUUUGAUCUUUAAAAUUCUGGUUUUAUUUAUGAUUUGGCAUUGGAGUUUUUUGUAAGAGAACUAGCUAUUAAGGGUUUGUUUGUAUCUUAUUAUCAUGUUGGAUAUGGUGUUGGAAUAACUGUAGUGUGCUUUUAUACUUUACUAGGUUUUGGGACAGACCGGAUCCCAUCUCUUUGGCGAUAGAAGUAUUCUAUAAAGCACUAGAUCAGCUAUGUUCACUUUUAUGGAAAAUGUGCCAUGCAAUUAGAUAUGAAUUAUAUUAUAACUCAAGUGUGUGACGUACAUUAUCAUUACUCA